AUGGAGGUAACCAAGAAACGUCCAUGGUCGGAUCUCCCGCCGGAGCUUCUCUCCCUUAUUGGCAUGCGGCUCCACACUCGCAUGGACGUCCUCCGAUUCCGCAGCGUCUGCUCCUCGUUCCGCUCCUCGGUCCCCCCACUUCCCCACGAUGCCCUGCGACUCCCUUUCCGACUCCCUCGCUUGCGGAGGUCCGCCCUGUUCCUCCACGAGAGCACAGUCUAUGCCGUCGAGACGCCUGACGGAUCCGCCUCCAGUCGUGCGCAGUGGCUGCUGAAGCUCGAGGAGUCGGAGCUCGGGCACAGGCGGAUCCUCAGCCUCUUCUCACAGCGUCGAAUACUGAACAUGCCCGGCAAGUUCCCUAAGGUACUUGAUUCUCUCCAAGUUCGAAUAGUUGAAAUAUGCAGAGAAUACACGUUCGGUUAUGGCGGUAGAAGCGGAGGCCUCGUUCAAGGUAUACAGAAAGUAGUAACGCAUCCGGAUUGUGUAUGGUCUGAUUUAAAUCGAUGUUGGGUUUAUUUCAUUGACGAAGGAGGGCAAUUAGGUUAUUGUAAGUAUGGGGAUGAGGAUUGGAGCUACUUAGAUGAUCCACAUCGCUUUGAUGACAUUGUAGUCUAUGAAGGCAAAGUCUGCGUUGUCGAUCAGUUCGGUUCGGUUUCGCAGAUCGAUUCGUCUUUCAGACUUCGAAGUUUCUCAAUGCCAAUCUAUGGAGACGGCCUCCGCAGCUGCAGCGGCUCUCGAAAGGAUCUAGUGGUGUCGAGUGAUGGUCUUUACGUGGUGGACAGAGAUAUUAGACAAUGUGGGAGACCUGAGAGUGACCCAUUGUGUAACGAGAACAUGUGGACGUCUGAUUUUAGAGUCUAUAGAUUAGAUCGACAAUGUGGGAGAUGGGAGGAGGUGAGAAGCUUGGGCAAUUCGGCUUUCUUUCUCUGCAAGCUCUGCUCAUUCGCGGUCUCGGCACGCGAGCUUGGCGGUUGUGACGGGAAUUGCAUCUACUAUGCGGAAGACGCCUAUUCCUAUUGCUCGCCGGAAAAGGUUAGGGUUUACAGCUUGGCAGAUCGUAGCAUCAAGUGGCUGGACUUUUCUGACUUUGUACUGGGCAUGACGACCGCCUCCAACCCGAGUAAACUGAAGCCGACGCUGCCGACAACGACAACGCCUUGCGGACCCGAAAUGUGUACCCGCAAGUAG